UUCCAAGUUAUAAAUCUAAAAAUCUUAUUGAUGAAAUUUGAAUUUUUAUUUGUUUAGACUGCCAUAUUAAAAUCAUUUUUAAUUUUACAGUUUUAAUUUCGUAUUCAUGUUCAGCACUUUAAAAAGAAAACUUACUAAUACAAGGUUUUAUCAAACAGCCAAAUAAUUUUCAAACCUAAUAUUUUAUUCGUUACAUUGAAGUCUGUCAUUAUGAAUUUUGUCCAUGAAUUUAUGUUCAGUGAUGCAAAAACCUGUAUGCAAGUUUCAUCAAAAUCGGACCAGUUAAUUGAAAAAUAAAUGUGCACUAAAUGACGUCAAUGCCCACGAAGAGGUUUAAGAGGUAAUAUAACUAAUGUAAUACAUAACUAAGAUAAUUUUAUACACACAGGAUAAUUUUACAUACACACACUAAUUUUGCAGAUAUAUAUGCAAGAGUUACAGUUUUAUAAAUGAAUAUAUUAUAUUUAAAUUGAUUUUUAUCAUAUAAAUUUUGAAACAAUGUUUAUAAUUUCAAGACGCGAGUUGUCAUAUGUAAGAUUAUAUUGCAUUUUUGCGAUAUAUGACAAUGUAUUGUUCAAAUUGAUCUUUUAUCUUAUAAAUUCCGAGACUUUUUAUCGCAUGAUUUUAAGAUAUUAGACGUAUUAUAUUUGGCAGCAAUUUUAUGAUAACUAAAACAUAGAUACACUAGAUGAUUAUUUAUUAGGGACGUCUCUUAUAUGUUUGUUAAAAAUAUUUAAGCGAACAUAUAUUUUUAUCAUUGUUAAUAAUUUCAAAAAUAUUAAUUACAAGUUUAAAUUUAUGUGUAUAUUAUAUAUAUAUACACACACACACACACACACACACACACCUAUAUUAUACACACUCACAUCUAUUAUACCAUAUGCAAUCCGUCCAUUGAAAGUGUUCUAUUUAUUAUGAAAUAUGAUGUAUAUAUAUAUAUGUGUGUACACAUAUUUUAUAUAUAUAUAUAAAAUAUGAAUGCAUAAUUUUUUAUAUUAUUUGCAACAUGUAGAUAUGAUCCGUCCAUUUUACAAUAAAAUUACAUUUACAAUUACUAAUUGAAUUUUAAUUGAUAACAAUUUGAAAUUCUAUGGAAAUGAAAUUUAAAUUUCAUUUGUUAUUCAGCGUACGUAACCAUUUUCCUCAAGCUUGCAGAAGCGACAUUGAACUCAGGAAGAAUAUUCGGGGAUAUCGACGUAUCUUCUUUAUGAUUAUAUGAUCGUACAUGUGUAGAGGAUAACCGAUAUCUUGACUAGAGAUAAGCAGAAUAAAGAGAAUAGUUGUAUUCGUGAAAACAAUUCCAAGAUCGUAUGCAGUAUAACAGUAUUACUUAGGUGCGAUGGCACAGUAACUGUGCUGAAACGGUCGUGCGUACAACUGAUAAAGUUACUUUGAAGUGGUUACACGUCGUAUUUACCUUGUAUAAAAUGAAGUGGAAAUUACAAAGCUUGUACAAAGCGUUUGCACGCAGAAAAAUAGUGGACACCACUCAGGAAAGUACACUAGCGAGGGUCUUAUCGACUCUAGAUCUCACAGCUUUAGGAAUUGGCUCUACUCUGGGUGUAGGUGUAUACGUCCUAGCAGGAUCCGUCGCAAAAGACUAUGCUGGUCCUGCCGUGGUCAUUUCAUUUGCCAUCGCCGCGAUAGCAUCGAUGUUUGCAGGUCUCUGUUAUGCCGAAUUCGGCGCACGAGUGCCCCGCGCCGGAUCAGCAUAUAUUUACAGUUACGUGACAAUGGGCGAGUUUGUAGCAUUUCUUAUGGGUUGGACCUUGAUCUUGGAGUACGUAAUCGGCUCGGCCAGCGUGGUGCGCGCUCUCAGCUUAUACGUCGAUGUGCUCUUUAACGACAGUAUGAAAAAGUUCUUCCAAUCGGUGAUGCCUAUCAAUGUCGAUACUUUAUCGUCAUAUCCAGACUUUUUCGCUCUUGGCGUCACUCUGGUAUUCUCAGCCGCUCUUGCUUUUGGAGCCAAGGAAUCCUCGAUGGUGAAUAAUGUAUUCACUCUCGUGAACCUAACUGUUGUACUUUUCGUAAUAAUAGCCGGUUCUUUGAAAGCGGACAUUAAUAAUUGGAGCACGACACCCAACUGCACCGAAAUAAACUGCGAGCGUGGAAAAGGUGGGUUUGUACCGUACGGUAUACCGGGUGUCAUAACAGGAGCGGCUACAUGUUUCUAUGGAUUUAUCGGUUUCGAUUGUGUGGCCACUACGGGAGAAGAAGCUAGGAACCCUCAGCGGUCCAUCCCCAUAGCAAUCGUCGCAUCGUUAACGAUCGUCUUUUUCGCGUAUUUCGGUGUUUCCGUAGUGCUCACUACCGUUCUACCAUAUUACGAACAAGAUCCCUCAGCACCGUUCCCGCAUAUGUUCACCGUAAUAGGAUGGGAGUGGGCAAAGUGGUUCGUGACGAUCGGAGCAAUUAGUGGAUUGUGUGCUAGUCUGUUAGGCUCAAUGUUUCCGCUACCGCGAAUAAUCUAUGCCAUGGCUUCAGACGGGUUGGUCUUCAAAUGGAUGGGCAACAUAAGCUCCCGAUUUCAAACUCCAAUCAUGGGCACGCUUUCCGCUGGGCUGCUUACAGGCAUUCUAGCGACGAUAUUUGAACUCGAACCAUUAGUUAAUAUGAUGAGUAUCUGCACGCUGCUUACAUACUCAAUUGUUGCAUCUUGUGUACUUAUCCUACGCUACGAGGAAAGUGAUGCGUAUGAGAAAAAAGGCGAUCAUAAUCCACGGACUUUUACAUUUAUAGUAAAACAAUUGGUAGGCGCCAACAAAUUAAAUCAUUCUACGAAACUUACAGCUCAAAUUGUUACCGCCCUCGUAUGCUGCUAUGUUAUUCUUUGUAUUUGUACGGCUACAUUAUUAUCAAUGUAUAUCACAGACGUCACAGCAGGAAAAGCAAGUUUUAUAGUGCUACUUGUAAUUUUAGUCAUUGCACUCAUAAGCACUCUCAGUUUUAUUUAUUUUCAACCUGUCUCUGACACAAAGCUUACAUUCUCGGUGCCACUAGUGCCGUUCUUGCCAGGUUUUAGUAUUCUUAUUAAUAUUUAUCUUAUGAUGACGUUGGAUCAAGAUACAUGGAUACGAUUCUCCAUAUGGAUGGCAAUUGGCUUGGGGAUAUAUUUCUUGUAUGGCAUGUGGCAUAGUCAUAUCCGACAAAAAAAAUCAAUUGAUAACAAAGAAAAGGACGUACCCCGAUAGGUCAACAUUUAUUUUUAUUACAUGACAAAAUCUUGAGAAAAAUUAUAAUUUACAAUUAUGUAGAUAUAUUUAUAAAAAUAGAUAUAGAUGUAUUUUAUAAAUAUACUUUUCAUAAAAUA